AUGAUGGACUAUGCUAUUGUUGCUGAUGGUGGUGGUGAUCGCAAGCAGAAGGGGUUCAAGUUUGGAAAUCUCUUUAAGAAGAAUUCCCUUGCUUCUCCUCUCCCGAUAAUAAGCACUACCCCUCAGUUCUCCACCUGUAUCGGUUUACCCACCUGCGCUAUUCCAAGUACCUCUUUUUCGGAUGAUGCUCUUGCCGAUGUCUCCCACCGUCGUGCAAUUAGCGAUCUAGUUAUUGUCACGCCACCAACAGCUAAUAGUCCUCCUAUCUCCCCCUUUAUGCAACAGCAACCCAGUCAGCAGACUUCUUUCAUCGGUCUAAAGCCACCUCAAACUCCAGAUAGUGGAAUUAAUCAGCCUUCUGCCUCGUCCUACCUCUACUCUUCGAAUUCUUCCUCUUCGUCGAACACCUUUGCCAGUUCAAAAAUGUACUCUGGAAGUGUGGAUUCUUCUUCUGCUGCGGCUAAUGCAUCAUUUUCGUCAAAUCGUUUCUCCUGGCCGAAAUCGAGUUGCUCUUCCUCCUCGACGUCCUCGUGCACUUCAGAAAUGAGCUCUCUGUCCACAGCACUGUCAAAUAAUCUUCGUUUAACUGGAGAUGUAAGUACUGCGGCUUCAGGAAAUAGCCUGUUCACCUCACCACCGAAGAAUAAUGGUUCAGUCAGCAGUCCGGCUUCAGGUACACCUCAGAGGUUGCCGAGAUUUGUUGCUGGAACGACGAUUGCUGAGGAAGAUGAAGAGGCAGAAGAAGGAAAUUCUAAUUCGAACGCUCCUAUAUCUUCAACCGUUCUGACGCAACCUCAUCCAGAUUCCACGACAAAUCCAGUUGGAUCUAGUUCUGCCACUGAUUCAAUGGAAACGGGAUUUGCAGCAACUGUUGCGCAAGUUUCACGAAGAACAGGCACUUCGGCUCAGGAAUUGUAUGCUCGCAUGAAAGAGGUGCGUAGACGACCAGAAGAUGUAAGAAAUAGGCUGAGAGGACAAGUAAAUGGAGUAGUUAGCUCGAGUAGUAAUGGAAAUGACAGCAUCGGCACAGGAACUUCCAAGCGUCUCUCAUUGCCGGCUAGUCUUCACUUGCCACCUCAUUUAAGGCAAAAGGCUAUUCAGUUGCUGGAGGAGCCUAUGACUAGGAGGGAGCGUCGUAUGUCUUUGGCUUCAUUUCCUGUGGUUAUUGUGUUCAGUGAAUCAGCCUUCUUCAUUCCCUUUCGGUGUGGUACCUUUUCUCUAAUUAAUAUUCCAGGCAUAUGCUUACGUAAGCUCUAUAGCUAUGAGAUAUGCCAUUUCAAGGCUACUCUAGCAUCCUACUAA